GUUACUGCAUACACCACCCCCAUCCCACGUCAGGAAACUGGGGCUCCAGGAGAAGAGGAACCUGCAUGUCCCCAGGGGAGGCGACACCAGGCAGGGACAGGAACCCCUGAUCUUGCUCCCAGGCUCAGAGCAGCCUGCUCAGCCAGGCCUUGUGCACCCCACAAAGCCACCGGAAGAGGAUGUGAAACGCUUUCGGCAGAGCAGCAAGGUGAGGGUACUGGCAGAACGACAUUGGGUGCCAUGCAGGCUCUCAGCCACCGCUGCAGGGCCCUCAGGUGGUCUGAUGUGCCUCUGGGGAGACUCUGAAGACCCUGCCGAGCAGCCUCUCCUCGCCUCUGUGGUCUCAGGCACCCAGCCAGGCGCCCUCCUCUUGCAGCUGGGGUCCUCACAUCCAUCUGGCCGGGGUCCCAGGAGGAGCUCCACGCAGGAGAUCGGCGAGGAACUGAUCAACGGGGUCAUCUACUCCAUCUCCCUGCGCAAGGUGCAGCUGCAGCACGGGGCAAGCAAGGGCCAGCGCUGGCUCGGGUGCGAGAAUGAGUCAGCCCUGAACCUCUACGAGACCUGCAAGGUACGGACCGUGAAGGCAGGCACGCUGGAGAAGCUGGUAGAGCACCUGGUGCCCGCCUUCCAGGGCAGCGACCUUUCCUAUGUCACUGUCUUCUUGUGCACCUACCGCGCCUUCACCACCACCCAGCAGGUGCUGGACCUGCUCUUCAAAAGGUACGGUAGAUGUGACGCCCUCACGGCCUCCUCUAGAUAUGGCUGCAUUCUCCCCUACUCCAGCGAGGACGGCGGGCCGCAGGACCAACUCAGAAACGCCAUCUCCUCCAUCCUGGGCACCUGGCUGGACCAGUACUCGGAGGAUUUCUGCCAGCCUCCAGACUUCCCCUGCCUCAAGCAGCUGGUGGCCUAUGUGCAGCUCAACAUGCCUGGCUCAGACCUGGAGCGCCGUGCACACCUUCUCCUGGCCCAGCUGGAGGAUAUGGAGCCCAGCGAGACUGAGCCUGAGGCUUUGUCACCAGCUACGGUGCUCACUCUAAAGCCAGCCGCAGAAUUGGAGCCCGCCCCGGUCCCGCUUCUGACGUCCACUCCUAUAGCAGCGCCAGCGUCGGGCCCACAGCUGGAGCCAGCAUCACCUCCCGAGCCAGAGGCAGCUCCAGCCCCUGCCCUGGAGCAAGAGCCAUUGCCCGAGCUCCAGCCUGCAGCAGUGGCCAUCACAGAGCUGGAGCCCACUCUGUCUCAGACUCUCGAGCUGGAGCCGGUCCCGGGGCCUGGGCCAGCCCUUGAGCAGCCCUGGCCUCCUCCACCAGUGGCCACAGAGAAUGGACUGAGCCGGGAGAAGCCGCAAGUUCUGGUGUUCCCUCCCGACCUGGUGGCAGAGCAGUUCACACUGAUGGAUGCGGAGCUGUUCAAGAAGGUGGUGCCCUACCACUGCCUGGGCUCCAUCUGGUCCCAACGGGACAAGAAGGGCAAGGAGCACCUGGCUCCCACCAUCCGUGCCACCGUUGCCCAGUUCAACAACGUGGCCAACUGUGUGAUCACCACCUGCCUCGGGGACCGGAACACCAAGGCCCCAGACAGGGCCCGGGUGGUGGAGCACUGGAUCGAGGUGGCCAGGGAGUGCCGGGUCCUGAAGAACUUCUCCUCCCUCUACGCCAUCCUGUCUGCCCUGCAAAGCAAUGCCAUCCACCGCCUGAAGAAGACAUGGGAAGAUGUCUCCAGGGACAGCAUCCGAAUAUUCCAGAAGCUGUCUGAGAUUUUCUCUGACGAGAACAAUUACUCUCUGAGCCGAGAGCUGCUCAUCAAGGAGGGGACCUCCAAGUUUGCCACCCUGGAGAUGAACCCCAGGAGAGCUCAGAGGCGGCCAAAGGAGACGGGUGUCAUCCAGGGCACCAUUCCCUAUCUGGGCACUUUCCUCACUGACCUGGUGAUGCUGGACACUGCCAUGAAAGACUAUCUGUAUGGGCGACUGAUCAACUUCGAGAAGAGGAGGAAGGAGUUCGAAGUCAUUGCCCAGAUCAAGCUGCUGCAGUCAGCCUGCAACAACUACAGCAUUGCACCUGAGGAGCGCUUCCGGGCCUGGUUCCGGGCCCUGGACCGGCUCAGCGAGGCGGAGAGCUACAGCCUGUCGUGUGAGCUAGAGCCCCCGUCCGAGUCGGCCAGCAACACCCUCAAGUCCAAGAAGAGCACUGCCAUUGUCAAGCGCUGGAGCGACCGCCAGGCCCCCAGCACCGAGCUCAGUACCAGCAGCAGCUCCCACUCCAAGUCCUGUGAUCAGCUCAGGUGCGGCCCCUACCUCAGCAGCGGGGACAUUGCCGACGCCCUCAGUGUGCACUCGGCCGGCUCCUCCAGCUCUGACGUGGAGGAGAUCAACAUGAGCUUUGUCCCCGAGUCCCCGGAUGGCCAGGAAAAGAAGUUCUGGGAGUCGGCCUCACAGUCCUCCCCAGAGACCUCUGGCAUCAGCUCGGCCUCCAGUAGCACGUCCUCAUCCUCAGCCUCCACCACGCCUGUGGCCGCCACGCGCACUCACAAGCGCUCUGUCUCGGGGGUCUGCAGCUACAGCUCCUCGCUGCCGCUCUACAACCAGCAGGUGGGCGACUGCUGUAUCAUCCGCGUGAGCCUGGACGUGGACAACGGCAACAUGUACAAGAGCAUCCUGGUGACCAGCCAGGAUAAGGCUCCUACCGUCAUCCGCAAGGCCAUGGACAAACACAACCUGGACGAGGACGAGCCCGAGGACUACGAGCUGGUGCAGAUCAUUUCUGAUGACCGUAAGCUGAAGAUCCCCGAAAAUGCCAACGUGUUCUACGCCAUGAACUCUGCUGCCAACUACGACUUCAUCCUGAAGAAGCGGGCCUUCAGCAAGGGGGCAGCGAAGGUCAAGCAUGGGGCCAGCUCCACCCUCCCUCGCAUGAAACAGAAAGGACUCAAGAUUGCCAAGGGCAUCUUCUGAGGACCUCUCCUCAGGGUCUGGCUGGCCAGUGGCUCAGCGCUUACAGCCCAGAGUGACCAAGGCCAAGCAGGUACCUUCUGCCCACCUGCCAGCCCAGGCCACCUCCAUCUCCAGUUUCACCUGAACCUCUCCUGCCGCCGGGAUUGACACCUGUCAUCUGACAGGCUGACCUGGCCUCCGUGGACCACUCGCUGCCUUAGGUGCCUUCUGCUCUCUGGAACCAGAGGCCUAGCUGACCUCGUCAAGGAGGACGGCCGGUGGGCGUGGUACCCAGGCCUGCCCCUGGGCGCCACCCUCCAUCCACUUCCCUGACACCUUCCCAGGUGCGGGUCACUGCCAUCUGUGCCCCUGGCACCCCAGGGCACCCACACAACCAGCGGGUCUGACCACUGCGGUUCUCUCCUCCUGCCCACGGGCACUGGGCUGCGACCUUCCCGGGGUCCCAGCCCCUCCUCUCACCACUCGGGCCUUUCUCAGGCUGCACCAAAGAGUCCAUCAUCGGGGCCGAGCAGAGAGAGAGGCUCUCACCGACUGUGCGCUUCUCCCCGUGAGCAAGGAAGCCCCGUGGGUGUCGCACCUCAUGUCACUCCAAGUGCCAUUCACUGCAUCCGGGCUGGGCAAGGCCACACAAGAUGGGGUCGAGGAAACCGAGGGGACCUGGGGGAGGCGGAGGGCAACUGAAUAUUUGUAUAGAAAGAAAGAAAAAAUGUUUACUGAUUGGGGCGGGGCAAUAUUUAUUUGUUGUAAAUAGAAAAUGCUAGACUUGAAUAUUAUAUUAAAACCUCGUUUCUACUA